AUGCUGCAUGUAAUCAUUGUCGGAGCCGGGAUUGCCGGCUUGAGCUGUGCUAUUACCCUCGCAAGACACCGCAAUGUCAGAAUCACCAUCUUGGAACGAGUGGUCGUCAUGGACAAGGCCGGCAACGGGAUUCAAAUCCCUUGUAACGCUGCUCAUACAAUGCGCUGCCUCGGGCUGUUGGAAAAACUUCUUGCCAAAACAAAACAACCAGCCACCGCCUUUCUGAACUUGAAAUACGAUGAUGGCGAGGUGCUCUUGAAUAAGGAGCUGUCCCGAUUUGAAGAGCUUUACGGUGCUCCAUGGUUAUUGAUCCAUCGAGCGGAUUACAUGACGGUGCUAUUAGAAGAAGCCCAGAGACUAGGAGUCCAGAUCCAACUCGGCCAUGACGUGGAAACCAUUGACUUCGACACGCCAUCUGUCACACUUCGCAAUGGCGAAGUCCAUAAAGCAGACGUUGUAGUUGGUUGCGACGGGAUCAACUCAACCAUCCGCUCCAUCAUGCACCCAUCAGUACAACCCGUUCCAACCGGUGAAUACGCAUACCGCACCCUCUUCACCCGCUCUCAGCUCUCAUCCCCAACCUUCCAGCACCUCACAUCUUCGCCGGGCACCUCCCGCUGCUGGGUAGGACCUCUCGCUAAUGCAGUCUUCUACCCUCUUCAAGACGGGACCUUGUUCAACCUCGUCAUUGCAAUUGCCAACCCAGACUUCAACAAUAGCUGUGACGAAGGAGCUCUGCUAUCCUCGUUGCGAGACUGGCUCCGCGACUGGGACCCGAUCUUGCUUGAAAUGCUCGACACGGCAACCCAACUGAUCCGCUUCCCCAUCUACCGGGUCGACAGACUACCAUUCUGGACACAAGGCUCUGUCACUCUCAUGGGAGACGCAGCGCACGCAAUGCUCCCUCAUUUGGCACAGGGUGCGGCCACAGGUGUAGAAGACGCCUUCAUACUAGGCUCCCUGCUCGGUCGUUUAUCAGACUCUAUUGCAGAGGGGACACCAGGCUCACAACUACAGCAACAUGUACGUACCAUUUUACAUUCAUACGAAAAGCUACAGCAUGAUAGAACAGCGCAAAUUGCAUCCGCGUCUCGAUUCACCGGCAUGCUUGACCACUUGCCACCAGGUCCAGACCAGAAGGCCAGGGACGCAGAGUUUGCAAUGUAUGAUCCGGAGAAGACGGUUAGUGCCAUGCCAUGGAUUGAUGCGCGGACAAACAAGGACUUGCUGGGUAGAAAAGUUGAUGAGGUUGCUGAGAGGGAAUUUGCGAGAUUGCUCGCCGAUGGGGAGCUAUCUGAAUUGUCUGCAGUGCCGGCCUAG